AUGUCAUUCAGCACAAUCAGCAGCAACAACAGCAGCAGCGACUCUGGUCUACUCUCUCCACCUCCUUCUCACCGCUCAGACGGCGAGGACAGCAACAACAGCAAUGGCAGCGUCGGCAAGUACAACAUGACCCUUCAGUCUUACAGCGCUAGCUUGUGCGGCUAUCACUUGGCGGCUGUGCGUAAAGCAACAAAUGCAGUUGCAGAUGCACAAUCCAAAUCACUCUCUCCGUCUUUAUCUAACUUGAGCCCUUCUAAACCUCCUAGAUCCGCAAAGAAGGACAAAGCUCCGAUUAUUGCUGCUUCUCUCGUCAUGCAUAAAGCUCAACAAGAUCGUUACAAUGAAAAAUUUUAG